UGCAAAGUUACAAGACUGCAACAGAUUAUUGCCUUUUGUAUAGGCAAGUUAGUGAAAUGUUCUACAAAUUCUGUUAACCUUUUCUUUUUCGCCACAGAUAAGGUACAUCCUCAGGCGGUCAUGGAGACCAUGGUCCUUUACCUGGAUUGUCAUUUUUCAAAAUGUGUAUUUUUGAGAUACUUUUAAACUGGAGGUUAUGUUUAAGUAUUUUCCAAACUAUAUUUGUCCAUUUCUCAUUUACUAGCCAUUGCAAUAAUUUUUCUAUGGUAGCCGAGACAUUUUGAACCAAACCACAAAGCCAAAAUGCCUCACAAACUUGAAAAACACAAAUGCAAAGGCCAUAAAUUGAAGAUGACUUGAGUUUUAGAAUGCCGGUCUGCAGCAACUUAAACACCACCCGCUCCCGCAAGAUUUGGGUUGGGUCCAAUGGGAUCCUUGGGAUCUACAACACUGCUCAAUCACAUAGUGAUAGUUAUCAUAGUUGGUUAGAAAACAAUGUUUCAUUUACCUUACAAAUGUACAAGUUUCAUUGUCAGAAUCCGUUGAUGCCAACUUCCAUUGUAGCUUUAGCAUUUGAGAUUUCCAUCAAUGUGCUUGCGUUUCUUUUAUUUUAUAAGCGUUUUGGAUACGCAGUUUGUCUGACAUGUCUCAACCACCAUAGAUAUACAACACUUUUGGCUAUCUUUUUCAACUAUAAGACAGCUUUUUUUAAUCCAUAACUUUUACAACAACUGUUUCAACUUCUCUGCUGGCGAGCUUUUUCUUUUUAAAUCUAAUUAUUUUGAAAUGUUUACAAACUCUUAAUGAGCUUCAGCAACUGCCUGUGGUACCAGUGCUGUUUGAAAUCAGUGAUAUAGAUCCUCUUGCUACUGUACACUGGCACUGGCAGAAAUAUAGAUGGCUAGAUGGAGGGCAAAGUUAGCUGUAGUGGCAGUGCUCUAAAUUUAGUCUCCCCACCGGCCGUGGACUAAAUACCAAUGACAACAGUCAAACUGACACCCACCCACUCAUUCAGUCAGUCAGUCAGUCAGUCAGUCAGGUCAGGCUGCAGCCCCCUUGGCCCACCCUCCCCACACGACAAGCCCCUCUGCCGGGGAGCGAGAGCACCCACACGGGUGGUACUCCUCAGUCUGACCCUCUUGCCUCUCACCUUUCUGACUUCCUGCUCUGAGGAGACAGGCACAGACUCCGCCCUGAGAGUCUUUUAGGACAGGGGCAGCCAUGUCGCAGUUCUCCACCAUGACGACCAGGGAGAGGAAAAUGCAGGCGGCAGCAAUCUGCAGGGAGGUUCAAGCCCAGGAAGAUGUAGAGAUGGAUCUUGGGAGGAAAGUGAACGCGCCUAAGGAAAUCAUGCUGGAGGAGCUCUCUCUUGCCUCGAACCGGGGCUCCCGUCUCUUCAAAAUGCGCCAGAAACGCUCAGAAAAAUACACUUUUGAAAGCAUUCAGAAUGAAAACAACAAGCAGCCCAAUAACACAACAGUUUCUCAAGCUGAAAAUGGGAGUGCCACGGACGGCUACAGCGGCGAUAACAACGGAGACGUCAACCAAAAACCUACUGUACCAUCGGAGACACCAGAUACAAGUAUGGUGCCAAAUCCAGACAGUAUCGCACCAGGGUACGGAGGUCCUUUGAAAGAUGUCCCCCCAGAGAAGUUCAACAGGACAGCUGUACCAAAGUCAUACCACUCACCCUGGCAGCAGGCCAUCAUCAGUGACCCAGCCCUGGCUGACACUCUCAUCACCCAUAUGCCCGAACCAGAGCCCCGACCAGAACUACCAGGGUACAAAAGUUUCAACAGGGUGGCAACCCCAUUCGGCGGCUUCGGCAAUGCACCCAAACCUGCACCCAUCAAGCCCCUCCAGCUGGAACCCCUCCCUGACUUCCCCGAGCUCCAGGGGGAUGCUGCGGUGGAUCGACCCUCCUUCAACAGAUCUGCUCUGGGGUGGGUGUCAACGGGCGAUCCAGCCCCACUCCCUGCUGUUUCCCUUGAGCCUAUGCUCAUCCCUGAGUCAGAUGACCUUUGAACCUGUAAUGAGGUCACACAGAGAUGCUGUCUACUUAGUUGCAGCACCAGAGGUUAUGGUGGGCAGAGGGGGCGUUUCGGUCAGAACAAAGGCGGGGUAAGAGAAAGCGUCAGGUUACCAGGUAUACAGCAUCCCAUGGUUUUCCAGGGAUGAUAACUAUUGCACUGUUCUUAAAAAUUAAUUCUGUACAGUAGGCAGAGACACUACUGCAUUCAAUAGAUUUUAAUGUAUAUUAAUGUGCAUAAGAGUAUUUUAUUGCAGAGUUUUUGCUCAAUAAAAUGGAAUGCAACAUGA